GCGAGAGACACAGAAGGACAGAAUCACAUGCUCUCCUCUCACACAGCACACUGCUCUUCAGCUCUGAGCUCAUGUCUAUAAAGAGCGAGAGAGAGAGUGAGAGUGUGUGUGAGUGAGAGAGAGAGAGAGAGGACACAGUUGGACUAAUACAGAUCUCAAACUGUGGAUAUGAGAGAUUCAUCAGAGAGUGCUCUCAGGGUUUGAGAGGCUCUUCAACAAGAACAAGUGGAGAAAAGAUCAUCCGAUGGCAUUGAUUAAAGCUCAUUGAGUUCAGAGUGGCCUAAAGGUCAUGGGGUCAUUCACGCUGGGGAAAGCAGCACCACUGGAGCUGCUGUUAGACGCCUGUAUCACUGCAUUUGAUGAUGAAGGAAAACUAAAUGGGAAUCACCUUCCCCGAACCCUCCUGCUAAUGCACCGAUGGUACGUUUCAUCGACGGAGCUCGCGGGAAAACUCCUCAUCAUGUAUCAGGACUGUACAGGAGCCGACAGCGAGCGAACCAGGCUGAAGAUCUGCUAUUUAAUGAGGUACUGGAUUGUCGAGUUCCCUGCUGAGUUCGAUCUGGAUCUCGGUCUGAUUCGAUUGACGGAGGAGUUUAGAGACGUAGCGGCGCAGCUGGGCUGUGACCAACACCUCCGACUGCUUGACAUCUCCACUAUCCCAUCAUACGACUGGAUGAGGAAGCUAACGCAGAGGAAGAAGCAGGUGAAGAAGGGCAAAGCGUCGCUGCUGUUCGAUCACCUGGAGCCGAUGGAGCUGGCCGAGCACCUCACCUUCCUCGAGUACAAAUCCAUCCGCAGGAUAUCAUUCACAGACUAUCAGAGCUAUGUGGUGAACAGCUGUGUGAUGGAUAACCCCACUCUGGAACGUUCCAUCGCUCUGUUUAAUGGCGUGUCCCAGUGGGUUCAGCUGAUGGUCCUCAGUAAACUCACACCACAACACAGAGCCAAUGUCAUCAGCAAGUUCAUCCACGUGGCCCAGAAACUUCUCCAUUUGCAGAACUUCAACACACUCAUGGCAGUGGUUGGUGGUUUGAGUCACAGCUCCAUCUCACGCCUGAAGGAAACUCAUGGACACCUCAACACUGAUGUCACCAAGAUCUGGAGCGAGAUGACAGACCUGGUGUCAUCGAAGGGGAACUACAGCGCAUACCGUAAAGCCUACAGCGAGUGUGAGGGGUUUAAGAUCCCCAUCCUGGGCGUGCACCUGAAGGACCUGAUCGCUGUGCAUGUGGUUUUUCCUGACUGGAUCGAUGAGCGCAAACUGAACCUGGUGAAAAUGCAGCAGCUUUACAUCACGUUUAAGGAGCUGAUGGCGUUACAGAGCACAGCGGCUCACGUCGAGCCCAACAUGGACCUCAUCUACCUGCUGGCUCUUUCACUGGAUCUCUAUUACACUGAGGAUGAGAUUUAUGAGCUGUCUUUACUACGAGAACCACGAAACACCAAAUCUGUGCCCACUUCUCCAACAACGCCGAAUAAAACUCACGCCCCUCUGGACUGGGCUUCAGGAGUGACGACUAAACCAGAUCCUUCUGUCGUCAACAAACACAUCCGCAAAGUGGUGGACUCUGUAUUCCGUAACUACGAUCACGAUCACGACGGAUACAUUUCCCAGGAGGACUUCGAAAGCAUCGCAGCGAAUUUUCCCUUCCUGGAUUCUUUCUGUGUGUUAGAUAAAGAUCAGGACGGGUUGAUCAGUAAGGAUGAGAUGAUGGCGUAUUUCCUGCGUGCCAAUCCGGUACUGCAGUGUAAAAUGGGGCCGGGUUUCAUCCACACCUUCCAGGAGAUGACGUAUCUGAAGCCCACCUUCUGUGAACACUGCGCUGGAUUUCUCUGGGGGAUUAUUAAACAGGGCUACAAGUGUAAAGAUUGUGGCGUUAAUUGUCAUAAACAGUGUCGUGAGUUGUUGGUGUUAGCAUGUCGGAGACUUCCACGCUCCACCUCACUCUGCAGCGUCUCCCCUGGAGCGCACAGCUCAUUACCCAGCAGCCCCACCCUGCCCACCUCCAAAGAUGAAGAUGAGGUGUUCGAGUUCCCCACCGUGUCGCCCUCAGGUUCUGAUUUACAGCCAAAAUCCAUCACUCUGAUGACGGGUUCUGCUCAGAGGAUCUCCGUUCGCUUCCAAAGAGCCACGACGAGUCAGGCCACUCAGACUGACCCUCUGUGGCCUGAUAAUGCCUGGAGCGAGUCCGGCUCCGGCUCACACACGUUCCCCAAGAUGAGGUGCAGGCCGCAUCGCAAAAACUCUAAAAACAAAGGCUUCGCUCGCUGGGAAAAUGAGACGAGCGGCCAAGAGAGGAGAGAAUCGCACAAGCAGCUGGAGGAAGAGGAAAGAAAUGGAGUCACGCCGCUGCAUCACCAGUACACCCAGGAUGCCAAGAUCAGCUGACUUGGCGGCUCAGAGGGCCAGAUCAGGACGCGGGGGAGAUCUUCAGCUCCACGGCCCAGAAUGCUCUCCUCUCUGGGGGAUGUGUUGGGGUGCUUCCUGCCCUCCGAGUGACCCCAAACAUGAAGGAGGCAGAGAGAGAGAGAGACGCCACGGCACGGGUGCUGCACCGGGCGUUACUCAGCGAUGAACUCAGUGAGACUGAAACAAGACUGUACUGAUGCUGUGGAGGAUGUCAGAUAUUCCUCUGAAUAGAUUUCUUCGUCAUCAUCAUAUCUUAUUUUAUGUUUAAAGCCAGAACAGUUGACUGGCAGCAGAAAUGUGGUGCUCAGGAUUCACUGGGUGUUUAAUUUCGGACCCUGUGACUCGUCACUGCUGUUUUUCAGGAUGUUUUUUUCCAGGGGUGGACAAAUCACGUGCUCAUUAGUGAUCCAGUAUAAGAUUAAAAACUGUUCAAUUUAAUGUAGGUAUGUUUUGAUCGUUAGAUAAUUAAAGUUUGUUAAUCCAGACAGAGAAAGGUGAGUGAGGGCUCGACAUCACAGGUACAAAAUGACUCCGGAAAGGAAGGAGGGAAGUAGAUCAGAUCGAGCUGAUUAAACAGACCAGAGGACGAGUGUGACGCCGUGAAGGUCAGAGAUAACGUUGCUACUCGAACUCGAGAAGGAAUCAACCCGACUCGGUCUGAAGGAACCCGGCAGCAGGAAAUCCACAGUGCUGUUCUGAGUUCUGGACUCUGAUUGGUCAGAGGGUGUUGAUUAGUUUUCUGUCACAGCAGCUCUGAUAGUAGUGCAGCUGCACGUCUCCUUUCUCAAACAUCAUCACAUCGAUUUAUUAACACAAUCUCAGACCAGUGGUGUAGAGAAGAAUCUAAAAAAUGAAGAAUAUCAAUAAUGACAGAAAAACAUGAUGCAGUUCAGCUUUAAAUAAACAUCCAGAGAGAGAGAGAGAAGGAAUAAACAAAUGAAUAAAAGAGAGAUGAUGAAGAAGAACUCAGAAGAAUUAAACGUGAUGGAUUAAAAUGAGGAGAAACAGAACGUUCUCUCGAUUAAGUUUAUGUGCCAUCGAUAGAAGGAGUCUCCAGUGUCAGAGACGUCUUAGUGCAAGAGAGAGAAAGAGGGAGAGGCAACAGGAACGAGUUUCACCGACGUCUGACAGUCAGAUGAACAGGAAUUACUGAAGAGUCGCUGUGGUGUCAGAGGAAUAAAACACUCGGGGUUUAGAGGAAAAUAAUCCCCGACAGAGUGGAACAGUAACUCGGCUUCGUCACACAUCCUGGCGUGUUUGUCAUUUUAUAUAAAAUUAAAAAAAAAAAGAUGUGAGAUGUAAAUGUGGCUUAUCCUGAGCUUCUGGACUCCUGAUUUGUCCACGCCUGUGAUUAAAUAUUAUUAUUAUUACUACAUAUUUUAAAAUAUUUUAUUUUAUUUUAGUGAGGACACACCUGGUGUUUGAAAUGAGCUUCUUGAGUUUUGCGCUGAAGUGAAUCCUGAGGCGAGCGAGUAACGAUAUGCUAAUGACUAAUCCUGAAAACUGGUGUUACUGAAACCUUCUGCUGUGUGUGUGUGUGUGUGUGUGUGUGUGUGUGUGUUUAUAUUCAAAGUUAAAAACACUACAUGAGGUUUUAUUGAAUUUCAGUUGAACGCGUCAAGUUCAGGGUUCAGGAUGUAAUGAUCCGCUGUAAUGGAGUUAAUCCAGUUACUGUAAUGUUUCAGACCGGCAGAGAGAGAGACACUCAGGCAGGCAGUGUGUGUGUGUGUGUGUGUGUGUGUGUGUGUGUGUGUGUGUGUUGGUAUUCACUGUGAUGUUACAUGUUUGUGAUGUCACUGAGUGGGUAAAUUGGAGAACACUAACGAUGACUGAGACGCAGGAGCUCAUUACAGACUGGAGAAGAAGCUCCGCCCCUCGGAUAAUAAACACCACACUGUAAAUCCAGAGAUCGACACAAAUAUCAGAAAAGAUCUGAAAUUUUAAUAUCUAUAGUGUUUAUUAAAAUAAGUACAGCACAUUA